UGCAGGAAUGUCCCGCUGCCCUCGUGAUUGGCUGCGGGAUGCUGGAGUCAGCUUUCACGGGGGCUGAUCAAAACUUCCCUUCGGCUCUCCAAAGUCGCUGUCUGAGCAGAGGAAUCGGCUGGAGGAGGCCAGGCGCUCUCACAUUCCUCGGGAAAACGUCUUCAGUGGGAUGAGAGAGCUUCUCGCUGCGGGGAAAGGCAGCCGGGAGCAGGCGCCGGGGAGCCGCGCUGCUGCUUUUCAAAGCCCGCAGAUCGGCUCGGAUCCCUCCUGGCAUGCUCCUCAUCCCUGAGGAUACCAUGUCUCAGUAUUCCACCAAUUUCCUGCUGCUGCCCAUCCCGGAAUACCCCGCGCUGGAUUGUGCUCCCAACAAAAUCAUCAAACUGGUGGUGCUGGGCGGCAGCAGCGUGGGCAAGACAGCCCUGGUCGUGCGCUUUCUCACAAAGAGAUUUAUUGGGGACUACGAAGCCAACACUGGUGCUUUGUACUCGAGGAAGUUCACCAUAGAUGGGGAGCAGAUCUCUCUGCAGGUGCAGGAUACUCCCUUUGUCUCACUGGAGGACGACACGGACAGCAUCUGCUGCCAGGAGCAGAUAAACCGCUCGAUCUACUGGGCCGACGGCUUCGUGUUCGUGUAUUCCAUCACGGACUACGAGAGCUUCCGCCUGCUGCGGCCGCUGCACCAGCACAUCCGCAGGAUCCACCCCAACGCCAACAUCCCCCUGCUGCUCAUGGCCAACAAGGGCGACCUGCUGAGGGCCAGGCAGGUGUCCUCCAAGGAAGGGCUGCAGCUGGCCACGGAGCUGGGCGGGACGUACUGCGAGGUGUCGGCGCGGGAGAACUGCGAGGGCGUGCACGAGGCUUUCCAGCAGCUGUGCCAGGAGCUCAGCAGGAGCAGCAGCAGCUGCAACGGGGAGAAGAGGAGAGGUCUCCACCUCGUCCGGCCCAAGUCGCCCAACAUGCAGGACUUGAAGAGGCGUUUGAAGCAGGCUCUGACUUCCAAAGGCAAAUCUGCCACCACGCUCUGAUGAGGCCGCGCAGGAAUUGUGUUCCAGAGCCCUGGAUAUAAAAAAGGCAACGAGCUGGGGAAAAGGGGCAUCAAUUCAGCCCAUCAGGUUGUGUGAGAGGCUCUUUCAUUUGGUCUUCACAUCUUUCGCAAAAGGCCCCUGCUCGUUCAGCAAAGGAACUCGCAGAAUUUGCUCUCUGGGGCAGGGAUUUUGAAACCGUGGUUUAAAAAAAGAGAUCGUUCCAAAUUAUUUCUUUCUUUUAUAUUCUUUUUUUCCUUUUUCUUUUUUUUUGGAAAGGGGUGCAGUCGAAUAUCUUGGUGUUAAAAAGUGGGUUUUGUUAAUGAGAAUUGUGAAAUCUUACUUUUAAGAGAUGUGACUUCCCUUGGGAAUGGUUGUGUUCCCAAACACAGGCAGUGAACUACAGCAGGACAUGAGGAGAGCGAUGGGAGC